AGCAGGUUAUGAGUAAAGUGUGUGGCUUUUUGAUGUUUAAUUUAGUUUCGGAGGAGACAAAUUUUUAUAGGAGAGCGCCCUUGUCCAUGCCUUGAGCUAUGGCAUAUGUGGCUCCGCAAACUCUCCAACAAUGAACCUGAUUGGAUUUCAUCACUGCACCAUGUGCUCUGUUUGUGUUCAAUCUGAUGGGUCGAUUUUUAAAGGCUUGGGGUUGCUUUCUACUAUUGAUUGCCGACCUAGAGUUCCUCCCUAUAUACAUUAGUUUCCUCCUGCUUCUUAUCAUCAAUUAGUUGCCCUCAUAAGUCCCUGCACUGAUCAAAGACCUCCUUGACUGAUCCACUUUUCUGAGACUCGCAUUAAGAGUGUUUAAAAUGGCUGGGGGAUCAAAGAGGUCUAAAAGAGCAAGACUUAAUAAUGAUAGUGAAUCGGAAGACAUAAGCGACGAAGAAAACGUUAAGGUCAAAAGCGUGAGUGAAGAUUAUGAAUUAUCUGAUGAGAUAGAGGAUGAUGAAGUAGAUAGCGAGGAAGAUAAUGAGGGAGAUAGUGAGGAUGAUGACGAAGGAGAUAGCGAGGAAGAUGAUGACGAAGGAGAUAACAAGGAAGACGAGGAUGGAGAAAGCGAGGAAUUUGAAGAUGGAAAUGAUAAAGAAAGUGAGAGUGGUGAUGAAGGUAGUGAUGACAAUAAAGAUGCUGAGAUGGAAGAGCUUGAGAAAGAGUACAAGGAGCUUCGUUCACAAGAACAGGAUAUAUUGAGGAAUCUGAAGCGUGAUAAGGGUGAGGAUGCUGUUAAAGGUCAAGCGGUGAAGAACCAGAAGGCUCUUUGGGAUAAAACUCUGGAGUUCAGAUUCUUACUUCAGAAAGCAUUUAAUAGUUCAAACAGAUUGCCACAGGAGCCUGUGAGAUCGUCAUAUUGUUCGGAAGAUGAGAAUGUCUCGGCAGCAUAUACAGAUCUAGUUGCUUCAUCUAAGAAGACAUUAGAUUCUCUCUUGGAGUUGCAAGAGGCUUUGCUUGAGAAGAACCCCUCGGUUGAUCUACAACAAGUGAAUAGAACAGCUAGUGCAGAAUCCAGUAAAUCAGAUGCAGAAGAUAGCGAUGAAUGGCAACAAAUAGCUGACUUACAGAAAAGAAUGUCUGUAUUCCGAAACAAAGCUGUGGACAAAUGGCAGAGAAGAACACAAGUCACAAGCGGUGCAGCUGCUAUUAAAGGAAAGCUCCACGCCUUUAACCAGAAUGUUAGUGAACAGGUUGCUUCAUACAUGAGGGAUCCAAGUAGAAUGAUCAAACAAAUGCAACAGUCAAGAUCGACUGUUGCUGUUUUUGGAACUGUCCCUGGGGAAUCCAUGGAACCAAAUCAAGAGGAAAGACAACUUGAAGGAGACCCUGAACUUAUAGAAGAUGCUGAAUUCUAUCAGCAGUUACUGAAGGAGUUCAUUGAGACCAUCGAUCCAGCUUCCUCGGAAGCGGCGUACUACGCGAUGAAGAAGUUUCAGACGAAGAAAAGGAAAGUUGUGGAUCGUCGUGCCUCUAAGAGCAGAAAGAUCAGGUACAAUGUUCAUGAGAAGAUUGUCAACUUCAUGGCACCACGACCAGCAAAGAUACCUCCAAACACUGCGGAUUUGCUGAAGAAUCUGUUUGGUCUAAAGACCAGAAACGGUCUCUCUGAAGCAUAA